UUUUCAGAUUUUUUCAGCAUAGAAAUGAGUGAAGAACAGAGUGAUUCUGAAGCCCCUGUCAGGAAUGAGGAAGGGGAGGAUGAGGAGAAUGGAGAGUUGAUGUCUGAUGCUAAUGCAUUCAAAGCUCCUCUACCAAUCAUCCUUGAAAGAGGGAACAUGCUAGGGAUCUCCUCAAAUUCUCAAUUUGUGCAAGAGCCACAUGAAAAUGAGAAGAAGCAGGAAGUCUUGGACAAACAAGAAUCUCCCUUGGGGACUAUCAGCAAUUUAAAUGAACCAAGUAAGAAUGGAGAUGAAACAGAAAAGUCAUUGCCAAAGACACAGAAGAAGGUGGAGCUGAUUCCCAUUCCCUUACCAUACAAAGAACCUGAUUGGGGAGGCAUCCUGAAUGAAGAGUACAAAAUGGAAGUCUUGAAAUGUGGUCUCAUCAUUGACACACAUGACUUAAGAGACAAGUCUUUCUUUGUGGUGGGUCGUCUGGCUGACUGUGAUUUUGUUAUGGAGCACCCUUCUGUGUCCCGCUAUCAUGCUGUGCUGCAGUAUCGAGGAGUUUCAACUGAGACACAAGAAAAGGGGUUUUACCUUUAUGACUUGGGCAGCACACAUGGAACAUACCUGAACAAGGCCAGGAUCCGACCCAACAUCUAUCACAGACUUCAUGUUGGACACAUGAUGAAAUUUGGUGGGAGCUCCAGGAUCUUCAUCCUCCAGGGCCCUGAGCAGGACCAAGAACCUGAGUCUCCUUUCACUGUCACAGAGCUCAUUCAACGCCGGAAGGAAAAGGAGGAACUACUGAAGAAGCUGGAGAGUGGUGCUUUGGAAGAGGAAGAUAAAGAGAAAGAUCCCCAAGAUGGAAGAAAAAAUACAGAUGACCAGGGCAUAGACUGGGGAAUGAGGGAAGAUGCUGAUGAAACUCAAGAUACAAAGGAAAAUCCAUUUGCCUUCAUGGAGGGUGUGAAUGAGGAACUAUACAUAGAUGAUCCAAAAAAGACUCUGCGGGGCUGGUUUGAGAGAGAGGGAUACAAUCUGGAAUAUGAUGUACAAGAAAAAGGAUUCAGUCACUUCAUCUGCCGUGUCACGCUCCCCAUAGACACAGUUACAGGAGAGUCAGUCAUUGCUGAAGCAGAUGUUAGGGGGAAAAAGAAAGAGGCAGUUGUCCAGUGUGCAUUGGAAGCAUGCAGGAUCCUCGAUAGACAUGGCCUUCUACGACAAGCGAAACAAGAGAGUAGAGCCAAAAAACGGAAAAAAGACUGGGAGGAGAAUGACUACUAUGACUCUGAUGAAGAUGAAUUCUUGGAUCGAACUGGAAUGAUUGAGCAAAAGAGACAGCAGCGCAUGAAGAAAGCUGGCAAGGCUGCAGAAACUAUUGAAACCUAUCAAUCACUCACCGAGAAACUUGAAAGGGUUCGUGAUGAGAUUGCUCAGUUGGAAAAGGAAUUGAAUGAAGUCUCUUCAGAUGAUACUCAAAAACCACCUGAUGUGGAUGAACUUGAGGCAUACAUGCAUUCCCUGGAACAAAAAUCCAUAGACAAGAUUGCUAAGAGGAAACUGAGGGUAACC